UAGAGAGAAGAGGAGGAAUCAAACCUUCCAACCAAGUAACGCUUGCUCGAGUUCUAAAUGGUCUACUUAUUUGGAUUUGUGGGCCACCACUAAUGCGCAUCGUGAGGCCAUUUUUUUGCUUUGUUCUUGGGUGGCCUAACUAAGCAUGCGGGCUGGGCUGGGCUGGGCUUCACUACUUGUUCAUUUGUUAUUAUCCCGAGGCAACAGUGCGUAUCUCCGUAUGAUCAGGGACAAUUUUGUAAAUUUAGUAUUCCUCAGGCUGGAUAUAUAAAUAAAAAAAAAAAAACGGGGCCAAAAUUAAACCCAGGAGAAAGAGAGAGAGAGAGAGAGAGAGAGAGAGAGAGCUGGGGCGAUGGCAUGAGGUUCGAUGGUAGGAUCGAGCAAUCUUUCGAUCUGGGGGACUUGGGAGGAUCUCCUCCUUGCGUACGCCGUCCGCCGUCACGGCACCAAUUGCUGGGACUCCGUUGCCGCUGAGCUCCGCCACCGCUCGUCCUACGGUCACCUUCUCAACUCCCGCUGCUGUCAUCUCCGCUUCAACCAACUCCAUCGUCGCUUCUCCACCGGAAACCCUUUCGCCGAUACGCUGGAGGGUAGCUCCGACGUUCCUUGGCUUGAGGACCUUCGCCGGCUCCGCGUUGCUGAGCUUCGGCGCGAUGUCCAGCGAUACGACGCCUCCAUCAUGUCUCUUCAAAAAAAGGUUAAAACGCUGACCGAAGAAGCCUUUGAAACCGGGGGUGAAACGCCGGGUAGUGGCGCCGGAUAUUCAGAUCGGAUCUCCUACCGGUCAAGCAAGGAGUCGAACAUGGCCGAUCCGGACCAAGAGGCCCGACGACACACGGCGACGGAGGCGAAAGAGAGUGGAGAUGCACAGAGCUCUGCGUGCCUGACGAAUCGGUGGAGCUUGCGGCGGAGGAAGGAAACGUUGCCGGAGAAGGAGGUGGAGGGUUGUCCUAUAGCCGUCGAGACAACGAAGAUCGAAUCGCAGCCGUUGAUGUCGUUCCUCGAGAUAAUCACGUCGGAUAAGUUGUGCUCGGUGUUCAUGCGAAAGCUCGAAAGUCAGAUGAGCGAGAAAUAUGAGCAGGUGAUAAGGCGGCACAUGGACCUGGAGACGGUGAGGGAGCAGCUGCUACGAGACCAACAAGGGGCCUGGGCCUACAUAACCAUCCACAUGUACCGUGAUUUGCUUCUCAUCUGCAACAACGCCAUCGCCUUCUACCCUAAAGGCUCGCGCGAGUACAGUGCAGCGCUCCAUCUCCGCCACCUCUGUGCACCAUGUCAUCACACUAGCAUGCCAACGUUGCUGGCAUGCGGGAGGCAGCGCGAGGCAGCACUAGAGCCAAUGACGGUGAAGGUAAAAAUGAAGGAGAAGGACAAGAAUAAGAGGGUUGCAAGGAAAACCAGAACCAAGAAAGGAAAAUGCAGCAGCAGCGACCUCACAGUAGUCAAGAAGAAUAAGGUUAGGAGUUCACCACCAGUGAAAUCGGAGGUUGAAAAGAAGAAUAAGAAGAGUGGAAAGCAAUCUGUAAAACAGACCAAGCGCGGUGCUACUGCAUUAAAACAACAUAUUCAACCCGUGAAGAAGAGGAUCGCAUCGUCAGCUCUAGCCUCUACACCACCGCAGAAAAGAGCCAGGAAGGCACAUGAGAUCAAGAGAACAACUGCCAGUGCCAAGCCACCACCAGCUGCUGCUAAGAAGCCACGGCCACGCAGAAGGUGACCCUGUGAUGCUGUAUAAUAUGGUGUAAAAAGCCCCACUUGUAAUUAGUUCUUCUCACUUUUGUUGCUGGGUUUCGUUAAUAAAUGGACCAUGCCUUUUGAUACAGGUAAUUAUAAGGCACAAACUAUGUUGGAAAAAGAGAUUUACUGAGCUAAAAUAUGAAAUCCACAUGAAUAACAAACCGUAAGGUCAUAAUCUCAUACUCUCUAAAUC